CUCGUAGCUUGGCUCAUUUUUGGGGUUAUGUGAGGUUAUGUUCUAACCUCAAAAUUUUGGCCUAUUUCUAUUUUUGCCGAUUUUUUUUAGGAAAAAAGGCAAGAAAUGAGCGCCUGGUCUUUGAUAAACACAUUUAAUAGGCUAGCCCUCCAGUCGUGCCCAAGACGGGGAAUUGCAACGAGUGUCUUUCUCAAUUUUAGGGCAACACCAUGUCUCAUGGCCGAGCCUUUGAAGAAGAAGAAAAAACUAGACCCUGCAGUUAUUAAAGCACGAGAAGACCGCAAGAAGAAGAAAAUUGAGAAGCAAAUCCGGCGAUUGGAGAAGCACGCGCGCCAGUUCAAACCUAUCGAAGAGUGUGAAGUGCCCCUCACUCUGUUAGAUGAGAAAAAAUCAAGGAUGAGGUCUUUGCCUGCACUUUCUGACAGUGAAUUGGAACAAAGAGCACUUUUGGACAAACAAUGGGCCACUUAUCGGAAAAAUGAGCAUCUUACGGACGUCCAAAUGCUGGACCGGAUUUUCUUUGCGCAACAAAAAGCCUUGGAUGAGCUGCGGAAAGAGUCGGAGGAGUUGUAUCAGGAAGCAAUGCAGAUUGAUUUCAGAUUAUUGCCCUUUAAGAGCGAGGGGCCUUUGGAAACGCCAGCUAUCGACAAUUACGAAAGCCCGGACGGUGAUUAUGCCGAUGUUUCGAAAAAAUGGGAAUGAAAAGGAAAUAAAUAAAGUAGGAUAAUAAUAAAUAGACAAAA